AUGGAGGGUGAGAUGUCAAAUAUAUUACAGAAGUUUUCCCUUGAAGAGAAUGAGCUGGUAGGACUUACGCUAGAGGGGGAAGACUUUCAAACUGGCCUGAGAGCUUGUGAAAACAGUAUCAUUGGGAGAGUUUUAGGAGAAAAAGUUAUCAAUUUCACUGGUAUUAAAAACUUUGUGGCUGUAGCCUGGGGGUAUCCCAGGAAUUUGUCAGUGGUGGAAUUGGGACCAAAUGUGUUUCAGUUUAACAUACAAAACUCAAAAGAUAAAGAUAGAAUAGUGGAGGGAAGGCCUUGCGUAAUAAAUAACCAGAUGCUUGUUCUCAAAAGAUGGGCUGAAGGCAUAGAAGAUGACUAUAAAGCCUUUGUGACGACACCUCUCUGGGUGCAGCUCUGGAAUCUGCCAGUGCAUUGGCUGUCUAGGGAGAUUGGAAGAAAGAUAUGGGGAGUAUUUAAGGAAGUUAGAGAUGUUGUAAUCCCUCAGGUGGGAGGCAAAGAGGGUAGGCAUCCGAAGGUCUUAGUCAUGGUAGAUCUAUCUAAACCUCUUCUUAGAGGUACUGUGGUCAGAAUAGCAGGAACUGGCAAAUGGAUAGCUUUCAAAUAUGAAAGGUGUCCGGAUUUCUGUUAUAAUUGCGGAAUUGUGGGACAUAGUGAAAGGAAUGGGGAGUUGGUUGAACAGGAGAAAAAUAAAAUGCAUAGCAGUCAGAGUCUGUUGGAUGUCCUCAAGGCCACUGGCAGUAGUGGAUGUAGUAACCAGGAAUGUGAAAGAGCAGGGGAGGAAAAUAGAAUGGAGGGGGCUGUGGGACCUUCUACUCAAGAGGAGUCUCUUAAGGUAGUCUCUCAUAAUAGGAAGGAGGGUCAGGUGAUAGGCGACAAGGAGGACUUAGAGCUACCUCAAAUUAAUCAAGAAGGGGAAGACCUCCAACUUUCUCAUGUGGAGGAAGAGAUGGAGGAGGAUGUAGUUGAAGUAGUGCACAACCAAUUCCAAGAGUCAAGGGUCUUAGAGAAAGAAUCAGAGCUCGUAGUGUAUCACCAGGAAAUCCAAGGCGAAAAUAAGAUGGUAGGGUUAAUUGAUAGACAGACCAGGAGAACUUUUAGAAAAUUAAAGACUCCAGCUAGAACCAAAAGACCUUUGCAGGUGAUACAAGGUAAUGAAAAUACUCAGGUGAACGUGGGGAAGAGGAAGAUCCUGCCUAGAGAUGAAGUGAUGGAGGAAGCACAUCAAGAUAUAUUUCAGUGA